AUGACCGACCCGGACCUCGCCCACCGCACCUACAUCGGGCCCAUGACGCCGCCGCUCGUCGAGGGCAUCAUCGCCAGCGAGCGCCCCGACGCGCUCCUCCCCACCAUGGGCGGACAGACCGCGCUCAACCUCGCCGUCUCCCUCGCCGAUUCCGGCGCGCUCGACCGCCUCGGCGUGCGCCUCAUCGGCGCAUCCCUCCGGCCAUCCGCAUGGACGAGGACCGCCAGUUCUUCAAGCAGGCCAUGGACCGCAUCGGGCUCAAGACACCGCCCUCAGGCAUCGGGACCACCCUUGAGGAGUGCCUCGACAUCGCCCAGGACAUCGGCGAGUUUCCUCUCAUCGUCUCACAGCGAGAAGGAGCGGGGCUCGGGACAGAUCUCCGGCAGGCGGUAG